CUCUUCUUUCUCCUUCCCCUUUAUAAACCACUCAUUUCCCGGCCAUCUCAAAUAUCUCAUCUUUCUCCGGCAACAAUGGCUGACCGGAGCUAUACACUUCUCCUCAUCCUCUUCUUCCUCUCUCUUUUCCUUCACUCCACCUUCUCCCGCUCACUAACCCACACCACCAAUCUCCUCGACGUCGCCGCUUCUACUCAACGCACUCUCGAUCUUCUCUCUUACAACUCACAAUCCUCACACAAUCUGGAGGAGAUGAAACCAGUAGUCACUUCAUCAUCUCUCUCAUUCUCUCUCCAUCCCCGUUCCUCCGUUCACAAGCCACUCCACGGUGAUUACGCCCAAUUGACAAAAUCCCGUCUUGAUCGUGAUUCUUCCCGGGUUAAGUCACUCUAUAACAAGAUCGAGUUAAUUCUCGCCGGAGUUAACCGGUCGGAGCUUAAACCGGCUGUGUCAAGUGAACUGUUAAGGCCGGAAGCUCUUGAGACGCCGAUUACGUCCGGUGUGAUUCAAGGAAGCGGCGAGUAUUUUUCUCGGGUCGGGUUUGGUCAACCCGCUAGAGAUUACUAUAUGGUUAUUGAUACAGGAAGUGAUAUUAGUUGGUUACAAUGUAAACCCUGUUAUGAUUGUUAUCAACAAACUGAUCCAGUAUUUGACCCGACUGCUUCGAGUUCAUACAGAUCAAUCUCAUGUGGGUCGACUCAGUGUUCGGCUUUACAAGUAUCGGGUUGUCGGGCAGGGGUUUGUCAGUACCAGGUUUCUUACGGCGAUGGAUCUUACACUGUCGGUGAUUUCGCAACGGAAACGAUGAUGUUUGGGAAUUCGGGUACUGUUCCAAAUGUGGCAAUUGGUUGUGGGCAUAAUAAUGAAGGGCUGUUCAUCGGAGCCGCCGGACUUUUAGGACUCGGCGGUGGAUCUUUGUCGUUGCCGUCGCAGCUUAGAGCUAACUCGUUUUCGUAUUGUUUAGUUGAUCGUGACUCAAGAGAUGCUUCAACUCUUGAGUUUAACUCGUCCCCACCUGGUGACUCAGUUUUCGCACCCCUGUUACAGAAUUCACGUGUUCAUACCUACAUGUAUGUUGGAUUGACAGGGAUUAGUGUCGGCGGGCAUAUGGUGGACAUAUCUCCAUCUGUAUUCGCUGUCGAUGAAUCAGGUAGCGGCGGGAUAAUAGUUGAUUGUGGGACAGCGGUGACUCGGUUACAAACUCAGGCAUACAACAUGGUUCGUGACUCGUUCAGGAGUUUAACUCAGAACCUACCUUCGUCGGCCGGAUUCGUUAUAUUUGAUACAUGUUACGAUCUAUCUUCGAUGACGACGGUGAGCGUACCAACGGUGGCGUUUCAUUUUGGGAACGGAAGAACGCUUCCAUUAAGAGCGGCGAAUUAUUUGAUACCGGUGGAUUCCGGCGGGAAGUAUUGUUUGGCUUUUGCUCCGACGGAUAGUUCGCCGUCGAUUAUUGGGAAUAUACAGCAACAGGGGACACGUGUCAGUUAUGAUCUUGCGAAUUCUGUGGUUGGAUUUAGUUCUAAUAAAUGUUGAAGA